AUGUCACCAACCCUCGCCCUCCAGAGCAAUGAGAUUCAACAGAAGAUUACGGAGCUACAACCCGGCAAUGAAAUGCAACGAUUGGAUCUUUUGCAGUGUGCCCGUGAUCUCGUCAGCUCUCUCGAAAAGCCUCACGAGCGUAUCAUGCGCAUGAUUUACCUCGAGGCCGCAGUGUUUACAACAACGAAAAUCCUCAUUGACUUGGGCAUCUUCAAGACCCUUGCUGAGGCAAAAGAACCACUCACCGGGGUAAAGCUGGCGCAGGAUGCUGGCGCAGAUUCAGCUCUCGUAGAGCGAUUGCUGAAGCUCAUUGCGGUCGAAAAAUUUGUGCAAGAGACAGGCCCUGAUACCUACACUGCAAACGAUGUCACUCGAAGUAUUGCAUUACCUGGACCUCAAGGAGCUAUCGAAGACAUGUUCCACAGCGCGCGUACUCUAGCAGCGCUUCCAGAGUUUCUCGAAAAGACUAAAUACGCAAAUCCCACGGACAAGGACAACAGUCCAUUCAAGUAUGGACACCAGACAAAACAGCAUUAUUUUGAAUACAUCAACACUCCAGGACGAGAGAAGAACCUGGAAGCAUUCGUCAAACACAUGGCUUUCAAGACUGUGGGAUUAAAGUGGUACGAGGUGCCAGAGAUUAUGGAAUCUGUUUUUGGGGAUACAAAUUGUGGGAAAGACGAUGCACUCCUCGUGGACGUCGGAGGUAAUAGCGGACACGAUCUAAUUGACUUUCACAAGGCACAUGAUUCCGUGCAAGGCCGUUUGAUCCUCCAGGAUCUUCCAUCGACUAUUGAGACUCUUGAUUCCGUCGUUCUCGCAAAACAAGGCAUUGUGCCUAUGGGCCACGACUUUUCCACGCCUCAGCCUGUUCACGGUGCCAAAGUGUACUACCUGAAGAUGAUUUUGCAUGACUGGCCCACCACACAAUGCGUCCAAAUUCUCACACAACUGAAGGCUGGUCUCAAACCAGGGUACAGCAAGAUAGUUUUGAAUGAGAUCGUGAUCCCAGAACAGAAGGCAGGGUGGUUUGAGACCAGCGUGGAUGUGUUGAUGAUGUAUGUUCAUUCUGCUCAGGAACGGCGGGAGAGAGAAUGGAGGGAGUUGGUUGGUAAGGUUGAUGGGCUGAAAGUGACGAAAAUCUGGGAUGUGGAAGGGGCUGUGGAGAAGGUCAUUGAGAUCGAUGUGGUUUGA